ACAUACCCUUGCCACUAACUAAUGUCCUCUCAUUCCCCCGUUUAAACUCAUUCACCAAUUCCACCUCUAUAAACUAUAAACACCUUACGUUACAGAAUAAAAGUUUCUGACUGACAGAAAUUAUGGCAAGAAGAGAUCUUGAAAGUGGCGGUGGAGUAACCAAGAACAACAGAAGUGCAGAGGAAAACUACUCUGCGCCCGAAUCUUCCCAUGUUUAUGAUUCUGAGACCCAUUGGACAUCAUGGCUCGUGCCCAUGUUUGUGGUUGCUAAUAUUGCUGUCUUUGUUAUUACCAUGUACAUCAACAAUUGUCCCAGGAACAACCUUCGUUUCCAAGGUCGCUGCGUGGCAAGGUUUCUUGGAAGGUUCUCUUUUCAGCCUAUGCAGGAGAAUCCCUUGCUUGGUCCUUCUUCUUCAACAUUGACCAAGAUGGGAGCUCUUCGAUGGGAUAAUGUUGUGAAUAGACAUCAGGGAUGGAGACUUGUCACUUGCAUUUGGUUACAUGCUGGGGUUAUUCAUUUGCUGGCUAAUAUGUUGAGUCUGGUCUUCAUUGGCAUUCGCCUUGAACAACAAUUCGGGUUUAUUAAGAUUGGAAUCAUAUACUUGGUGUCUGGGUUUGGUGGAAGUGUACUGUCGUCUCUAUUUAUCAGAGACCACAUCUCUGUGGGUGCUUCUGGUGCCCUUUUUGGACUUCUUGGCGCAAUGCUGUCUGAACUUAUCACAAACUGGACUAUAUAUUCCAAUAAAGCAAUGGCUUUAAUAACCCUUCUAGUGAUCAUUGUAAUCAACCUUGGCAUUGGCAUUUUGCCACACGUAGAUAAUUUUGCUCACAUCGGAGGAUUCCUGGUGGGAUUACUCCUUGGCUUUAUUUUGCUGCCACGUCCUCAGUUCGGUUGGUUAGAGCAGCGACGUCUUCCUGCCGGUGUUCAGAUGAAGUCAAAGUACAAGACUCACCAAUAUGUUCUAGGGGUUGUGUCUCUUAUUCUGUUGAUUGCAGGGUUAUCGACUGCAUUGGUGAUGCUAUUUCGGGGUGAGAAAGGGUAUGACCACUGCCAUUGGUGUCGCUACUUAACAUGUGUCCCUACUUCUAAAUGGGAAUGCAGCAAUGACAGUUAAAUAAGAAAGGGGAAAUGAUUUUCACUUGCAAUAUCUUUUCUUGUGUAUAGCCAUAGAGCUCUUAGAAACUGGCUUGUUUUGUCUCUUUUAGUUUUUUUUGUUCUUUAAAUAAUUGGUCUGCCUUUAUGAAUUUAUGCUUUUUUUUUAAAAAAAAUUAUACAUAUUAGUAUAUGAUAUAUAAAGAAAUUUGCUUGUAUAUGAACUCAUUUCUCAUUUUAUA